AUGGCGGGCGCUGAUCCAAGCAGUCUUCGCUACACUGCGUCCAAGUGCCCAAGGAGUCAUCAAAGAGCUUCAGGUUCGGAGCCAUACCCUACUUAUUCAAGUCCUUCUGGCAGUCUUCCCUGCAAAGCGGAAAAAACGCCUCCGAGCACGCAGAGCACCGCGGUUUCAAAUUCGCAGUUCCAGGACCUUGCCAUCGAAGAUAUGGAGCACUGGGGAAUUCUGCGCCGUUUCGAUCCCAGACAAAUUGCGAUGGAUUUGAUCUCUGAAGGAAAGACCGGAUGGGAACCUGAUGACUCCAAACCUUCCACUGAGAAUUUGUCGAAUUUUUUUUUGCGCUAUACACUUGGCCGGGGAGAUCAGCCGCUAACCAUGCAGGCAAAAGGGUUAGAAACUUGGCCUCAGACCUACGAGGCGACCUUGGUCACGUGCCUCUCUGCCGAAGUGUAUGUGGGGCGCGGUCUCAGUGAGAUGCACGCAAAACGAAUGGCAGCUGCCCAGUUUUUUCGAGAUGAAGAGGUGCGCAAGGUGUUCCCGCUGCUUCCAGCAACACAAGCCCACAUACGCAGCAAGGCCGUCCUGUACACGGAAGAGAAGAGAGAGUGCAAAGCCCAUGGAGUCAGCCCUGAUGCAAUGCGUGACAUUGUCGCAAGACGCAUCGCGGAUGUUCUUGAAUGCUUCCACGACAUGGGCUACCGUACCGACAUUUGGGAUGGCAACUGCUAGCAGCUAGCAAGGUAUCGCAAAGCGAUGUGUUGCUGCGCCCUGCGCGCUUAGGGCCGACAUGUUACGUAGCUUAGGUUUGC